CAUAAUACGACUAGGAUCAUGGCGCUUGUUUAUCAUGAGGGGACAGUCAAACCUGCAGGUGGAAACCACGACCCCGAGCAGGCAUCCAAUCGUCUGCAUAAAGCCAUACGGGGGCUCGGAACUGAUGAAAAGGUGAUCAUUGAUGUUUUAGCUGGACACAUAAACUACGAACGACAAGAAAUCAAAAAGAUGUACAAAACAAUGUUUGGAAAGGACUUGGUGGAGGACUUAAAGGGUGACCUCAGUGGUCAUUUUGAGAAGCUGUGUCUAUACCUUUUGAUGCCAAGUAGAAUGUUUGAUGCUUGGUGCCUGUACCAGGCAAUGGAGGGCUUAGGGACUGAUGAAGAAAGACUUAUAGAAAUUCUGUGUACGAAAACAAAUAGUGAAAUCCAAGACAUUAAAGAGGAAUAUCAAACUUUUUUCAAAAGAUCAUUACAAGAUGAUGUAAGGAAAGACACAAGUGGCAAUUUUCAGCACAUUCUAAUUAGCCUACUACAAGGGAACAGGAGCGAAGACCAAGAGAUGGAUGACAAAAAGGUCCAAAAAGACGCCAGGGAUUUAUUUGAGGCAGGUGAGAACAGAGUGGGGACCCAUACGUCUGUCUUUAACAGCAUCCUUGCCUCUCGCAGUCCCCCUCACCUCCAGGCCGUGUUUGAGCAGUACAGAAGGAUCAGCCAGCAGGACAUAGAGGGCGCCAUCCGAUCCGAGACCAGUGGAAAUCUGUGCAAGGCUUUCCUGGCUAUUGUAAAGUGUAUAAAAGACCCAACAGAAUACUAUGCAGAAUGUAUCCAUAAAUGUAUUAAAGGACUGGGAACAAAUGAUGAAAGACUCAUGGAAUUAAUUGUCUCCCAUUCUGAGAUUGACUUGAAAGAUAUUGGGGAUGCAUACUUAAAGAAGUAUGGAGAGAGUCUGCCUCUGGCAAUAAAGGGGGAUACAAGUGGAGACUACGGCAAACUGCUUGUGAGACUUGCCACACCCCAGUGAUUCACCCAGAAACAUCACUAUUGCUCCAGUCAAAAGAAUAGCAGCAUGUGUAUUUGCUGUGCCUUGUUUAGGGUACAGGGAAUUCAUCAACAAGUGAUAAUGUGAUCUUGGUACACAUAAAGUUACGUGAAUUCUAAGACCAUUGCAUAUUUUUCAGCUAUGUGAAGGAAACAGUUAUCAAAAGCCCUAUCACAUACACUGUGGAAAUAAGUGGCAGAAUUGCAGAUAUCAAGCUUAUCCUGUUCUUUCUCGUGAAAAGGGAAUAAAGUGUUAGUAUACAUAUUCCAGACUUUACUGUUUCUUAUACUUUUGAUCACUUAGCUUAAUAAAAACACUUAAUACAUC